GAUCCAAAAUGGUAAAGGCAGUGGGAUUUAGCAUGCCUUAAUUUUAGUGUCUGUGCUUAAUGUUUUAGUCUUUUUUUUGAGCUUUUCUAGUUUUGACAGUUAAACGUGCAAACAAGUCAAGAAGAAAGAAAAAGUGCAAAAAAUGGGUUCUUUCUCAACAGGUUCAAGUGAAACCCAAAUUUCAACAAAGGAAUUCAUGGAGCAGAUGAAUUUUCAACUUGCCCAAGCUUAUGUCGAGAAGUUUCUCCAGACUGUGAGGGAUAAGUGCUUUGACAAGUGUAUCACAAAGCCAGGAUCAAGUGUGAGUGGAACUGAGAGUAGUUGCAUCUCUAGAUGUAUGGAUCGCUACUUUGAGGCCACCCGUAUUGUCAGCAGAGCUUUUAAUGCAUCGCGCUGAAAUCUUGAAUCAGAAGAUGUAAGCUGCAAACUUUUGACACAUUUUUGAGGAUGAGUGAAAUUUGUGCUUGUUUUUGCCUUGACAAUUCUGAAAUUUGUCCUGGGAAUUUUAUACUUUGCAUAUUGAUUUUUAAAUUUUUACUUGUCAAUCAUUCAAACCUGAGAUUUCUGGUGAUUGACAUGGUGGUGGAAUGUUAAGUGGGUAAAAUAUAGUACCCAAAAGUUAUGAAGAUUGUAACUUCGAUGGACAGACAAAGGCAAUAAGCUAUGGUUUCUUUGAGCUUCUUUUCAUCAUCUCUUGCUUUCACCCCUGAAAUUGUUUAUAUUCCUUUUCAACCACAUGGCGGUUAUUACUUCGUAAGCAAUAUAGAGCCUGAGUAAUAAUGAUCAAACUCUUACCCCCGUUUAUAUAUGCUCCUGUAUUGUCCUCAAAGUGCAUGCUUAUCUCCUUCCAUCUCAGAUACGCUUCUUUUUGCGCUAUGUUGCAUCUAGCCAAUGUAAGGCACUUGGCUAAUUUGUGAGGCAGUACGCUCUCCUGUACAGUUACAAUGCACCAAAAAUGUAUAACAUAAUCUCCGCUAGUGACCCAUAUCUUCUUUACUAACAAUGGCUUCCAGCUUGAGAGAUUUACUGUCCUGUCCCUCUUCUUGCCCAACAGCACCCAACACCACCCAACACCUCUGCUAGUCUUUGCAGGGAUCUGUUGAUUUUCAGGUCUGCUCAAGCGACAAGAAGGGGGGGAGCUAAUAUUUGAUUAUAACCGUAUUCGUCCUUGGCAGACUGGAGUUCAUUACCGUCUCCAGUGCCUUAAUCAUGGUCAGCAUCCAAGAGAACCAGUUUGAAUGGACAGUUCAAUAACCAUCUCAUAAGGUCAGUUGUCUCGUCAUCUAAACAAACAUCCGCUGCCCUUGGUAUGCCAUCUAAAACACUUGACAGAAUGCAUUUAUCACUGUAGUAGACAUCUAUAAAUGAAACAAAAUUGGAUGGAGAGAUGCGGGCUUUGCUUAGGAACGUUAAUGGCAUCUUGGUCAUGCAAAAUAAGAGGAUAGGAAUCAGCAUAGAAUCUGUUAAAACCAUCCUUCGCUGAAGACGCAACGAGGUGUUCGACUUCUUGGAAUGCAGAACCGUAGAAGGCCAUGUCGAAUAACACAACUGUUUCCAUAAGCUUUGUUCUGGAACUAUACAUUGGAUGUCAGAGCAGGUACAGGCAGCUGAGGCCGGAGUUGAACCAUCUAGGUGAACUAUGAUAUCAGCUAGGAGGUCUCCGCUUAAGCACUUCAAAUGACAUUGCGAAUGCUCUAUUUUCCCUCUCUUUCCGGUCCCUUGGAAACUGGAAAUAGGGUUGUUAUUUUGGAUACAUUCAAGAACCCAAUUCUUUAUAUGGAGGUCAUUGAACCAUCUCGCAGGUUCAUAUAGAUUUUGAUGUUCAACCAUGUAGUACC